CAGGGCUGUAAACAGGCACAUGGAGGGGAUGUUAAAGCAGGUUGAGUUUUCCUCCCUCUCCUUCAUUAUGUUUCAUUGGGGCUGGAAGGUGUGACUAUGAGAGGCAAUGUCUGGCGGUGUCACUGACCUGCAGGCUCUGCAGAGCCACCUCCAGGCCAUGGACCAAGGGAUGGGAGAUGGCGAGCAGCCAGACGAUCACCCACUGUACAAACUGCCUGAGCCUGGGCUGGAAGGUGCUGUUCUCUGCAGCCCUGACUUCCAACAGCCCCAGGAGCUGGAGCUCCAGGAGUCCCGAGGACACGCCCCCCCAGAAUGUACCAGCGCCCAACCCCAUGGAGCCCUGAGCAGCCUUGGGAGGCCCAGCCACUCUCUGCUGUGCGUGGAAGAGGAGAUCAAGAACCGGAAAAGACCCAGGCUCUCCAACGGACCCCAGGCCAGUCCCAGCCUUGUCUCUCACUUCCCUCGUGCGCUGAGCGGGCCACAGCCCCAGGGCCCGUCCCCCUUUGGACACGUCCUUCAGAGCAAUAGCCUGGAUCUCCACAGCAGACGUCCCCAGGACGGGCUGCCACACACCAGGACUUUGGACAAUCCCAGAGCCACUCAUUCUGGGGCCUCGGUGCUCUACAGGCCCAGCACAGAGCAGCUGGAGUCUCCAUCCCUGACUUACGGACUCGAGGACGGCUGCCCAUGGAGCAGCCGAGCUCCCUCAGGAGGCAGCAGCAUUAGCAGCCGAGCGAGCAAGGUGACGGGUCUAUACGCUGAGCUGGUCAAGGAGCUGGAGCGGCAGAUGGCCGAGCUGCGGCAUCUCCUCGCCUCUCGCGAAGAGGCCGCCACGGGGCAGGAGAGGAGGAUCAAGGAGCUGGAGCUGGAGAAUCAGCAGCUGAAGAGCCAGCUCCGGAACCUAGAGGAGCAGAACGACCUCCUCUCCAGCCGGAGCGGGGCAGGGGCAGCGGCAGGCAGGACGGUGCUGGGGCCCGGAAACAGCGGUGUUGACAUCAACGAGAGCAACAUCCAGUUCCUGAAAGGCCUGGUGGGGCUGCUGGAGAGCAACGCAGCAUUGCAGGCCAAUGGCCUCCAGCCAUUCACCUCUCCCACUGUGGGGGAGCAGAGGUGCACCCCAGCUGAGGUCCCAAAAAGCCCCCCAGUCUGGAGGAUGCGAGCUGGGGUCCCGAGCGGCUUCCCACCCUGGAUGAGCACAGAGGACGGCUCGGGGAGCCCCGUCACGCUCAGCGAUGCCACCUGCUUAUGGGAGGAGAACAUACAAGAUACGCUGCCCGAUGGCACCCCGGUGUGGGCGUCGCCCGUGGAGGAGAAUGGGAGGCCCAAGCUGGAGCUGAUCCCCAACUCGGGGGUCUACAUCACCCACCACCAGCUGGACGACCUCUCGCAGGUUUCUACCGACAAGCCCAAGCUGAUGACCAGGCGCCUGCUGGAUUACUUCUUCUCCCGGGAGACGCUCGCCAGGUCUUCGGCCACCGGCCAGCGCAUCGCCCACAACAACACGACCAUGGAGAAACCCAUCCGCCUGCCGGUCGCAGUGGUAAAUGCUAUCAAAGAGUACGUCACCAAAGUGUGCGGCAAGAGCUGCAACUUCAACGCCGUGAUCAACAGCAAGUGUGGCACCUCCCGGAGGGCAGUCAAGAAAAUGAUCAUCAAGAUGGAGUAGAUGGCGCCUGGGCCGGGGCCUCCCAAACGUCCAUCAAGACAACAGCGAACCAACUCUGAAAACGCUCCUCAGAGGAUCCGUCGUCGCCCCCGCUCCAACGGACGCUGGGGUGCUGGCGGCCCAGGUCCCCUCCCACACAGCAGCUCUGGGGGUGAGCGCGGUGGAAAUAACGCGCCCCUCCCGGCACGCGUUACGGGGGCAGCAGUGGUGCAGCUUGGGCUCUCGUGCACUUAGUACAUGCCCCGCGGGGCCUGAAGCGCCUGUUGUGUGGCCGUCCUGGGGUGCUCAGUCCUAGCCUGCAGACCUCGGUGCGUGCAUUCCUGGGGAGGGGUGACUUACGCCUUCUAAUGAAGCGUCUGGGAUCUGCCGCGCCUGGGGGAGCAGCGAGCUGGCGGGUGUGUUCUUCCGUUCUAACGAGUCCCUGAGGAGGGAGGGAUGAUCUCUGUCCUCUUUCAAAACUCGUCAGCUCCAUUCUGGAAUCCCGGCUCCGUGACGCUGAACAUCAACGCUGCAGCCCCCUCCUCCGCCUCUGGGCAAGCGCUUCUCCCAGCGCAUCAGACUGGAAGAGGGACAGUGCCGACUUUCUGGCCAGAGCAGGGGAACUUCUGCUUUGAAACAGUUCUUACCGGACUGUUUACCGGCCGGGCCUGUAGAUAAACCCAGAGCUUUAGUCUGUGGAGUGAGGGGGGAUUCAGUCUCCCUCCCAUCGGGCAAGGUCUGCUCUCCUGCGGAGACUCAUGGCCUGGCUCAACAGGCAAGUUCUCUGCUCGCCUGUAAGAAUUUAACUGUGGGCGAGACAUUUUUU